AUGCUCUCCCAAUUUCUUCGUAAAGUGGGUUGUGCACGGUCGUUCAACGGAACAUCAGUACACACCCGACGCUCUGCAUUCUAUCGAUGUAUUAAAGGUCUCAUGUCACUCAAGGAACUCAAGGAGAAAUUUGUUUCAGAUCUUUCAGGUGGGCCUAUCGACGAAAUUUAUGCGGUUACAGCAAUUGCCCUCGCUGGGUUUUUCUCGCAUAGUAUACUAAAGAAAUAUGUGUUCCCCAACUUUGAUGUGCUCAAUAGCCAACCGGCAAAGUUUUUGGUGGAGUUUUACUUUGACGUUAUGCUCUUGCUACAGUCUAUAACGAUAUAUAGCUCCCAGAUUGGAAAGCUAUAUUUCAACGCGUUAUUUGUCCCAAUUGUCGCCAUGAUCUACGUUGCAUUCACCUCCACGAAGAAAGGACCAAGCAAACAGAAACAUAAGACAUCAACAGAACUUUUAGGUCGCAAGCUGUUUAUCACCGCAUACAGAGCUCAAAUGAUGAUUAUUACCAACUUGGCGAUUUUGGCCGUUGACUUUCACGCGUUCCCAAGGCGUUUUGCCAAAGUAGAAACAUGGGGCACUUCACUUAUGGACAUGGGGGUGGGUCUGUUUGUGUUCUCCAUGGGUUUGGCUAACUCACGAGCAGUAAUUAAAAAGAGAGCCGCUCCUUCUACACAGAAGGAUGGCUACUUUCGUUUGGUCUACAAUAGCACAGUGAAGGCAUUUCCAGUGUUGAUUCUCGGCAUCAUUCGCUUAGUCUCAGUCAAGUCAUUGGAGUAUCAAGAACAUGAGAGUGAGUAUGGUAUUCACUGGAAUUUUUUCAUCACAUUGGGACUCCUACCAGUUGUUCUCGGCCUCCUCGACCCUAUCUUAAAUUUUGUCCCCCGGUUCUUUGUUGCCUUGGCAAUUGGGAGUGUCUACGAAUUUGCUUUACAAAAGACUGGUCUUACUGCAUUUAUAUUAAAUCCAGCGAACAGGAAAGAGAACCUUUUGACCAUGAACAAGGAAGGCAUCUGUUCUUUCUUUGGCUAUUUGAGCAUCUUUAUUUUCGGUCAAUCCCUUGGUUCGUUCGUGUUAACGACUCGGAAAACUCCCAACAAUCUUUUGGGAAUGUACUCUUUGAAAAGCAAAGGAAAAAAAUGGCUAACAGUCUCAACAACAGAGGGUUUGCUCAUUGCAAGCGUUAUUACGAUGACUAUAUUUUAUUUUGUCAAGGAAAGCGUCUACACGGGCAACAUAUCGCGUCGUCUCGCGAACUUCCCUUAUGUAAUGUGGGUGGUAAGUUACAAUUGUGCAUUCUUAUUGGGAUACGAUGUGAUUGAGAAGUUAGUGGGCCCAAUAUCAUCAUCAAUUCUCGACUCCAUCAACAACAAUGGUCUAGCGAUUUUUUUGUCAGCCAACCUUCUUACUGGUCUCGUGAACAUGUCCAUAAACACUUUGGCUGUCGGUCAUGGCAUUACUUAUGUCAUCCUUACUGUUUAUGCGUUGAUCUGGACAAUGCUCGCAAUGUUCUUGCAUGCCCGUAAGAUCUAUAUUAAGCUUUAG